AUGACUUUUGCUGAUUUUUCCACUGUAAAAAUACAGAAAAUGAAUAACCAUAAUAGUAAUAUCACUUUGGAUAACAAUAGUAACCAUGGUAAUCAUAAUUUGAAAACAGAUGAGUUGAAAAAAGCAGCAUUGUCAUCGCCCACUUCUUCUAAUCACACAUCGUCAGAUGAAAAAAGCUCAUCGGUUGGCACCAUUUCUCCUAAUGUUGCUGUCUCUAGCACCUCUCCUAAAAAAUCACUUAACAAAAAUUCAGGUUCAACCACUCAUUCUGUUAAUAGUAAUAUGAUAUCUGCAUCCGGUUCCAUCAACGAAUUGACAGUCAAUUUGGCAAAUUCAGGCACAACUAAUUCGUUAACGAUACCGUACGAAGAAUACAUUUCUACUGUGUCUCUACCGUUUGAUGAAUUUCGAACUGCAACACCUUCUAAGUUGAACCCUAAUGAAACACCUGAGAGUGCAAAUUUAGAUCUAAUUAAAGACGUCAAUGAAUUCAUCGACUGUUUUCCAUAUUCAAAAGUUAUACCAUACGCAAGAUAUAUUGUCAAAAUAAUGACGUUUAUAAACAAAUUUGAAUCAUUUUUCCCUCUUGAAUUACUAGAUUUGUCAUAUCAAGAUUUUGAAAUAGGUUUAAGUUUAAUAGAUGAAAAACUUCUCGAAAAAAAUGAAGAAUCAGCUUUAAAGCUGAUAAGAGAUAAGAUGGAUCUUUUAUGCCUAUCGCUUUUGAAAUUGUUAUUUGCUAAAGAGAAUAAUGAAGUAUUUAAACCAAGGGGAAGUAUUAUGAAUUAUAGAAAAACUAAAUCGCCAUAUGGGAAAUUAUUGCAACAAUUAAGGAAGAGUUUGGAUAUAUAUGGUUAUCCUAUAGAGUGGAAAACUCAAGAAUAUGAUUCUGAGAAUAAUAGCCAAAAUACACUACAUGACAAAAUGAAUGAAGAGCCAGUUGACCCAAAUCAUCCUGAAAUUUUGAUUCCAGAUAAUCCAUAUUCAACAAAUUUUUUAUUAUUACCACUUGAAGAAGACCCUUUGCAAAAUAGAAGAAUCGAAAAAGUUGGUCUCAUAGCUUUAGAGCCCUUAGACAGAGUUAUUUUUCUUUCUACUCUUUGUACCUGGUGUUUGUCAUAUUCAGUACCAAUUCGUACCGAAAUUAAUUAUUUAACUAAUAUCUUUAAAGGGUAUGUUUCAGUUGAUACACAAUAUGUCCCAAGAUAUCUGAAAAAGGGGUCUUUUGAAACGAAACAUGAUUUUUUAAAUUUAUGUAAAAAAGUUGAAAUUAGAAUUGAAAAAAGGAAAAGAAGAAGAGGAUUAAACCCAGCUUCUCAAAGUCAAAGAACAAAGGAUUUAAAAGCCCAAUUAGAUAUCUUAGAUUCAAUUAAGAAGUCAUUAAAAUUUGUUAAAACAACUACUGAGAAAAAUGAAAUCAAUUUAAUUAAAAACUAUAAAAAAUGGUGCCAAAUUUUUGAUAUUGAGUCAUCAUUAAUAGUUGAAAGUAAUCCUAUAUCAAAUCCAUAUAAAGAAUUACAAUAUAAAUUAAGAUUAAACGAAUUUUUUGUUAACAGAAUUCCUAAAAUUGGAGAUUUUUAUAUUCCAAGAUUGCAUACAUAUUCACUUUUAAAAUCUAAAAGUACUAAUAAUGAAGAAUUUUCGGUAUAUACUGACUUAAUAAAUUUGGAAACAUUAUUAGAUGAAUUCAAAAAUGGAAACUACACUGCUAGAGAUAUAUAUUAUUCUAUUAAGAACUCCAAUCUAACUAUCAGUUUAAGAUUUAAAUUAUUAUUUCACAACACCUCAGGUGCUAUUAAUGGGAUUAACUUUACUGAAAAGAGAUUUAAAGCAUGUGAUAACUAUUGGUACGAAAUAUGCUAUGACUCAAAAUCCCUGCUUACAUUUAUCAAAUAUUUAGAGAAUUCUUUAUUACCCCAAUACGAAGCUAGUUUAAAUGAUCGUUUUAUAAAAGAUUGUACAAGAAACGUAUCUAUUUCAGAAGUAAGUACAAAUAGCAAAGAGACUAAUCUAUUAGAAGGAGAUACGGAUAUAAUAGAUAACGGAUUAGGAGAGAUUAAAAGUUUAUGUGAUCCACAGUAUGAUAGCCUAGUUGUCUUGUAUAAAUAUUUGGAUAAAAUGCGUUAUUAUUUCCAAGUGCUAGAACAAGUGCAGCAGCAAGGAGAAGAAAUAGAAAAUGAAAUAAAAAUCAAACAAAAAGAAAAGGAGAAAGAAGAAAAUGAAAUUAAAGCAAAUCAGCCCUUAGGUGUCCGUCGUUCAUCAAGAUUAAGGAAAUUGUCGAAUCAUAAUAAAGCAUUGGAAGAUACUCAAAAUUUGUCAACUAAUGAUGAGUAUGCUGGCGGUGAAGAUGAAUUGUAUUCCGAUUAUUCGGAGUAUGAAGCAGAAUUAGAGACAGCAUCAGUGGGUACUGGGCUUGAUGAUGAAGAGGAGGACAUACAUCCUAAAAAGGCUAACCAAAAGCAUGUUCGGAUUCAAGAUACUCGAGAAGAAAGAAUGUUAAAGAGGAGGAGGAAAUAA